AUGGAGGCCGUGCUCAAUGACCUGGUGGACGUGGAGGACCUGAAGAGAUUUGAGAAGAAGUACUUUUCCGAGGUCUCUUCAGGAUCGCCGAGUAAGGGAACCCAGUUUGAGUACGCCUGGUGUCUGAUUCGCAGCAAGUACUCCGACGACAUUCAUAAAGGGGCGGGGCUUCUAGAAGAUCUUUUGACAAAAGCAAAUAAAGAUGAACAGCGGGAUUAUUUCUUCUAUCUGGCUGUCGCCCAUUACAGGUUAAAGGAAUAUGAGAAGGCUCUGAAGUACGUCCGCACCCUUCUCCAUAAAGAACCCAACAACACGCAGGCCCUGGAGCUGGAGAAGAUCAUCGAGAAGAAGAUGCAGAAAGAGGGGCUCGUCGGCAUGGCCAUCGUCGGCGGAAUGGCGCUCGGAGUGGCGGGACUCGCUGGCCUGAUCGGCCUGGCCAUCUCCAAGUCAAAAUAA